AUGACAACGUCUAUGGUUAAUCUUUUACAAACAAAACAUAAUGAUAGUACAGAUGAAUUAACAACAAUGCUUGAAUCUUUACCAUCCUAUGAAAAUUCACAAGAAAUUCAUGAUGAAUCAGCUAUUUUCGAAGAUGAUAAUGAACCAUCAGUUGGUUUAAUUAAUUUAAUACGAAGAAAUUCUAUGCAUUUAUCACAAUCAGAAAUAACAAAUGAUUUAUCAAAUACUAUAUUAGCUGAUGAUUCAACGAGUUAUCUUUCAGUUGAUGAUGAUACAACAACAAGUGGAACAAAUUCAACACCGAUUCUAGCAAGUACAAAUAUUGAAGAAGAUAUUCAUGAUGAUAAUGAUGAUGAUAUACAGAUGAAUUUAUUAAAAACUAAAUUAAAACAUCUUUUUAUUUUAAGUGAAAAUGGUAAACCUGUUUUUACAAGAUAUGGUGAUGAUGAACAUUUAGUAACUUUAAUGGGUGUUAUGCAAACACUUGUUUCAUUUUCUGAAUUAACUGAUUCAAAUCAAUUAAAUUAUAUAAAAGCUGGUCGUUGUCGUAUAACAUUUUUACAUAAAGAACCAUUAAUAUUUAUUUUAAUCUCUUAUAUAAAUGAACAUCCAAUAUGUUUAACACAACAAUUAACAUAUACAUAUCAUCAAAUAAUAAGUACAUUAACAUUAAGUCGUAUAAAACAAAAAUUUACUAUUCAACCAAAUUUUGAUUUACGUCGUUGGUUAUCAAAUGCAGAAAAAAAACUUUUACAUAAUAUAAUUGAUAUGUAUGAACAUGAUUUAGGAAUGGUUAUGACUUGUGCAAGAUGUUUAAUAUUACAACCAAGUAUACGAACUCAAAUUGGACAAAUAGUUGCACAUACUAUUCGUGGUCAAAGAGAUAUGAUAUUUGCUAUAAUUCUUGC